AAUAAUUUACACAUCAAAUUAUCGAAUCAAAACUCAUAAUGACCCCACAGUCUAAACUGGACAAAACAAACCUCUCUCCAACAGGAGAGAGAGAGAGAGAGGAUCCUAUAAUAUCAAAAGCGCCAGCUAUGAAUGUGAAUAAACGCGUCAUACAAGCAAGGCUGCACGAGUGUAAUGAAACAGCGUCCUAGUAACCAGGAUCAAUGCUUUCUUAAACUAAUAUAUAAACAUAAUAGGCUUUGUUUGCCUUUGUUUUUUGUUCAAAGGUGGUUUCAAUUCUUAGACUCUUUUUGACAUUCGUGAAUUCAGCUCCACCCUACCAUCUUGUCUCUAUAUAUAAACAAGUAUUACAUAUACAUUUCAAAAAAAAAAACAUAUAUUACUAUUUUUUUAUAUUUUUUAUUGUGUAUACAAACUUAAAGGUUCUCACCCAAUUUCAGGGUGGGACACCUCCUCAAAGCACAAGACCUUUGAUUUGCGUUUUGUGUAAGCCAUUAUGUCCAUCUGUUGUUGCUUGGUCUUGUCUCUCUCCUAUGUAUAUAAAGCUAGAAACCCAAGUUCAAGUUUGUUUCCCAGUUUGUGUUUAGAGGCUCCAAAGGUCAUCAGCAAAGUUUUCUCUGUAUCUAUCUAUCUCAAACUGAAUACUCCUCAGGUAAAGGCAUCAACUUUUGAAAGGAAACAACACAUAAGGGCAAACACGACAACAUAGGGGUGGGAAAAAAAAGGAGCUUUUGAAUUGAUUUGUUGCUUUGUUUGCUAUAGUUUUAAUGGAGUGGGGUUGGAAGAAGAAUUCUUUUCGUUGGGUAGAGAAUGUGGAAGAGAAUGAAGAUCUGAAAAUAGUUUCAACCUUAUCGUCGAUUCCUCAACCACAAACACCAAGGGAACCCAUGGAGUUCUUGUCAAGAUCUUGGAGCCUCUCUGCUUCGGAGAUUUCAAAAGCUCUGGCUCAAAAACAAAAACAGUUUCUUGUUGAUAAGAAUCCAAUUGUAACCCCAGAGACAUUUGUCCCACCAACAUAUCCAUGCAAGGUCGUGAAUUCUUUAAGUGCUCGGAGAACAGGGUCAUUCGGUAGGUGGUUCAAGGAUUCCAACAAUAGCAACCUAAAGAAGAAAGACAAAGCGCGAGUAGAAAAUGCACGGAUCCACGCUGCCCUCUCUGUUGCUGGACUAGCUGCAGCGUUGGCUGCUGUGGCUGCAGCAGAAAACUCUAAAUCUUCAAGCUCAAAAAUGAGUUCGGCUUUGGCAUCAGCUACAGAGCUCCUUGCAUCACAUUGCAUCGAGAUGGCUGAAUCAGUUGGGGUUGAGCAUGAUCGUGUGACUUCGGUUGUCAGAUCAGCGGUAGACAUUCAAAGCCCAAGCGAUAUAGUGACUCUCACAGCUGCAGCUGCAACAGCUUUGCGAGGUGAAGCAGCUCUGAAAGCGAGGGUUCCAAAAGAAGCAAAGAAGAACGCCACUAUAAUUCCAUAUGAUAAGGGUAUGGCAGAAGCUCCAAGGGUUCCUUCUUUUCAUAGCGAAAUGGAACAAGAAAAUCCUGCUCCUGCUCAUAUAGGUGACUUAUUGCAACAUGCACAAAAAGGAGUCCUGCGAUGGAAGCGUGUGUCUGUCUAUGUCAACAAAAAAUCUCAGGUCAUAAUUAAGAUCAAAAGCAAACACGUAGGAGGAGCCUUUUCCAAGAAGAGCAAAUGUGUUGUCUAUGGAGUCUGCGAUGAGAGUCAUGGGACUUCCCCAUGGCCAUUCAAAAAAGAAAGAGAGAAUGUGGAAGCCUAUUUUGGGGUCAAAACGGCACAGGGCCUUCUAGAGUUCAAGUGCAAUAACAAGAUCCAUAAGCAGAAGUGGCUAGAUGAGAUACAAAAUCUUCUUCACCAAUCCACUUGCGUUGAAGAUGCUGACAGCUCCAAGUUUUUAAAUAUUACAAAGAGUCUUUGAUUAGUUUGUAAAUAUUAAUGGUUUAUUAGUCAGGGUGCGUCUGAUAGUUCAAGAAUAGAUGAAAUGUAACAUUACUGAAAUAGAAAUAUUACCACGGCUAUACUGCGUUUUCCAAGUACCAUUCUCCAGUUACAGAAGUGAAAACAUCUUUUUACA